AUGUCUGCCGUCAUGCCCGAGUCGAUGGCUCUGCUCCUCGAGAAGUAUUCGCCUGAACAGAUUGCAGAGGUCGUCGAUGCCGUGAUGAAGAUGCGCCCUGCUACCUCUCAGAGAGCUGCCGUUGCUUCGACUACCACUACUCCUGUCUCCGCCGUCACCGAGCGCAAGAAGCGCACAAAGAAGUCGGCUACCUCAAAAGUUGCGCACUCAUCUUCCGUCAGCAUCGCACCUACUCGUCCUCUCAACUCCUGGAUGGCCUUCAGAAGUAAGUUGGGUCGUCGAAAAGAAGUGCGCACGAAUCAUUCUGACCAGUCCAUCAGGUNNUACCAUUCUCCUAUCUUCAAGUCGUUCCAGCAGAAGGACAUCUCUGGCUUUNUGACUCGCAUGUGGCAGAACGACCCCUUCAAAGCCAAGUGGAGCAUCCUCGCUAAGGCCUACUCAAUCAUCCGCGAGAGCAACACCAAGGAUGCUGCGCCUCUCGACAAGUUCCUGGCGCUCACCUGCCCUUUGAUCGGCGUCAUUCCCAGAGACGACUACCUCGGCGUUAUGGGCUGGAGCAUCGUUGACACCGCUGGAGUCAAGAAUUUGGAGCGCAUGUACACUCCUGACAUCUCUUCGUUCCCCGAGAACAUUCUGACUACCAACCUGUCCUCCGAGGAGAUUGUCGCUCACUGCCAGCGUGUCAGCUACGUUGAUCACAAUGACAACGACGUCGCUCGCAACCAGGGCUCGACUGCUGCACUCGCUUUUGCUGCUCAGCCCAUGUUCGAGUCGGCUCCUGAGGAAGUUGUCGCUCGCAGCCAUCACGCCAGUCACGUCCAGCAGAACAACAACAUGGCUCGCAACUCGAGCUCGGCUACCACCUUCGCCAGCAUGGCUGUUCAACCCAUGCCCAACGACACAUCAUCAUCUCCUCCUUUCGCCUUCUCCGACGCUGAGUCGCCUUACCAGNCAGAACAAGCAGGACGACCAUGA